AUGAGCACACCAAAACCCGGCGCAGACGCCCCCGCAACGAAGCCCCAAGCGCCAUUACCACAGGCAGAGGACACAUCUCACAACACCAACAGCAGUAACGACGACGACGACGAUGCCAGAGCAUCACCAUCAUCUCCCGAAAACUGUCCCCACGACUCCCUCGCCCGCGGCCUCAACCGCUAUACCUGCCCAGAAUGCCACGCGCGGCUCGAGGCCAACAUCGACGAUGUCCUCCGCCAGGUCAUGAUCCGCGAGGGCUGGACGGAAGAGGAGCUUGAGCAGGUUGGGAGCAUGCAGCGGUUUGCGGGCACGCCUGUGAAGGAGAUUAGGCCGACGGAGGGCGCGUCGGUGGAGGAGAGGAGGGCGCAGUUUGCGAGGGAGGUGAUGCGGGAGCAGGAUUCCAGGAGGGAUCGGGCGAGGAGGUGGAGAGCUGAGCGGGCGGAAGGGGGUUGA